AUGUUGACACAAUUAGUAAAGAACGGUGGAACUGUUCUCCCACCGCCACGAAAACAUAUUUGGUCUAAUGAUCCUGCCAUUUCAGCUGCACGACGUACACUCUUAUGUGGAUGGGUAGUUCUUUCCGUUUCUGUAUGGAUUGUUUGUUUGCUAAUGUACUUGAUAUUUCUUGGUUCGACUCGUUUUCCAACACAUUACACAAAAAAUUUACAUGUACUUAUCAUUGAUUUUGAUCAACAACAAGCCGGCAGUCUUUUUCUGCAAUCAUUUCAAGAAUCCACUGGUCAAAUAUUACAUUGGAUUUAUCGGUCACCAGCAUAUUAUCAAAAUGAUCCUAAUAAUGUGAUAAAUGAAGUGCAACAUGGCAAAGUAUGGGCAGUUGUUUAUAUUAAAGCUGGUACAACACAAUUAAUUAAUUCGACAAUAAAUUCUAUCUUUACAUCAUCGUAUAAAUCUACUGUGAUAUUAAAUUCAUCAAUAAUAAUUGCUUAUGACGAAGGUCGAAAUAGCAAUAGUGUACCAACUUACGUUGUCACGCCAAUCACCAAUAUCAUAGCGGCAGCAAAUGCAAAAUAUACAAAUAUUCUACUAAAUCAACUAAAUCAACAGCUAUUAUCAUCAUCAAAUAAUAGUGUUGUAGUUUCAAUUAAUUCUGUUCUAAUAACAUCUGUUUUAAAUAAUCCCCUAAAAUAUACUGCAAUGAAUUUACAUCCAGCAAUAUAUCACUUUUCUGGUACUAUUGGCACAACUCUUGGUUAUCUCGUUCUCUGGGUCGUUGUUGUUGGUCAUGUAGCAGCCACUCUAAGUCUUACAUCGUUAUUAAUUGGAAAAUUCAAAGUAAUCGAGAUUCUUCUAUUUCGUUUAUUUUAUGGAAUAUUCCAAGGUUUCUUUAUCUCACUAAUUUUUUCACUAUGUGUUCUAUGGUUUGCUACUACGCCGUUACACGGUACAUUUGUUCGUUACUGGCUCUUUAACUGGUUAGUAGCUAUCACAUUUAUUAUCAUCAAUGCAGCUGUUUCAAUUAAUCUUGGACAUUUCGCCACACUUUUUUUAACAUUAUUCCUAACAUUAAAUUUAUCCUCAUCUGGAAUUAAUUUUCCCAUUGAACUUCAACCAAAAUUUUAUAGAAUUGGUUACGGUUUACCGCUGUAUCAAUGCAUGAGUGGCGGAAGACAUUUCGUAUUUGGUUCAUAUACACACUUGAGUUUAAAUAUUGGUAUCUUAAUUGCAUACUAUUCAGGAUUUUUCGUAUUCAUUUUAUGUACCGGUUUAUAUCGUGCGAAAAAACAAGAAAAAGAAGUAAUAGAAAAACAACGAAAUGGUGGAGAUCAGAAGUAA